AAACCUGCCGGCUUGUUUGUUUACACGAUGCUUUCAGCUAGUGACACUUAUUAAAUUAUAGCUUUCUGCAAUAAGUGACUAUGUUAUAACGGCUAGAAAUUAGUUCUGUAUAAAGUAUUACGGAGUUCCAUGAUUGUUUUAGCAUAUAAAAUAUGAACAUCUAAAUUAAAGACUGAAUCUCUGACUCACUGGGCAGCAAGUUAAGUUAAUUACUUCCAAGAAUGGAAAUUCAACCGAAUACCAGUAUUGAUACUGGUAAAGAGUUUCCAUUAAUUGUCUGUGAGAACACAGGUAAAAAGAGAAAAUUAUAUCCAUGUCCAGAUUGUGAUUUUGCCUCAACGAGCAAUUUUUCGUUGAAAACCCACCUACGCACUCACACUGGAGAGAAGCCUUUUUCUUGCGCAGAGUGCGAUUACAAAUGUUCGCAGCCAGGCCAUCUGAAAUCACACAUGAUGACUCACACAGGAGAAAAGCCGUUUUGCUGCAGUCUCUGUGGCUAUAAAUGUUCUAGACAGAGUGAUUUGAAGAGGCACAUGAUGAUCCACACAGGUGAAAAACCGUUCUGUUGCUCGUUGUGCGAUUACAAGUGCUCCCAGAAGAGCAGUCUUAUGACGCAUAUGUUGAUCCACACAGGAGAGAAACCAUACUCAUGCGGACUGUGUGACUACAAGUGUUCCCAGCAGAGCAGCCUCAAGACACAUAUGAUCACCCAUACGGGCGAAAAGCCAUAUUCCUGUACGAUCUGCGAUUAUAGAUGUUCCUACCAGUGCAACCUGAAAGUUCACAUGAUGACUCACAAUGACUUUAAGCCAUAUUGCUGCAGCUUGUGCGAAUACAGGUCCAGUCGACAAGGCAGCCUCAAAACACACAUGAUGACCCACACAGGCGAAAAACCAUUUAUGUGUACCUAUUGUGACUACAAAUGCUCACAACAGGGUCAUUUGAAGAAACACAUGAUGACUCACACCUCUAAGAAGAAAUGAAUUUCAUCAACAAAGUUAAACUAUUGAAGUCAUGAUUUUUUUAAAUUUGUAUUAUUAUCACUUUUUUAAAUUUAGAAGUGGAUAGCGUGGGCAUAUUUUUAUUUUUACAGCUUUAGUUUGAUAUGUGACAAGCACAUAACGUUAAAUAUUAUUUAUUAUUAGUUAAUAAUUUAUUUAAAGUAGAAUUAGCUAAGCUGUGUG